AGUGGGGGCUGACUCAGAGGAUCUGGAGAGGCAGUGCGUGUGACAGAUGCAAUUCUCUCUCCCUCAGCCCUCGCCAUCACACACACACACACGCAAACACACACACACACGCGCGCUCGCGGGAGACUCGCAGCCAUUGGCUCCACGCACUGGACCGGCGAACGCGCAGCAACUCUAUAACAGCCAUGCCUGCCUCUGCCUCGGCCGCCGCCACCGCCGCGUCAUCUAGCAGCCCAGCGCACGGACCUGCUCAGCACUCCGGCAGAGAGCGCCGGAACGCCAGUGCCACUCGCACACCGCGCCACAGCGCAGCGGCAGCGUGAAGCACCAGCGAUCGGGAGCAGAGGGGAGGAGAGAAAGGAAAGCGAGAGAGAGUAGCGGCCAACUGAGGAGGCUGGCCAGAAGAAUAGAAGAAGAGAGCGCAGAGGAGAAGAGAGUGCAGAGAAGAGAGUGCAGGGCUCUGCUGCUGCCAGAAGCAGUGAAGGAGGAUAUCGCGCUGUUGGAAGCAAAGUGGAAGAGGGGGGGAAAAUAACACAAAGAAAACCCUUCCUCUUUAAAACAACAAGAAAGCUGCAAGUGGCUCAGAGACACUGUGUGAGUGAGAGUGUGUGUGUAUAUGUGUGUGUGCGUUUCUGUGCUUCAGAGCUUGUGAGCAUUGCUCCACACUGCUUGAGGAGUCUCCUUCCUCAGUGAGAUGAGGGAGCUCUCUUUCCCCCUUCUCUUGACUGGGGAAGUGAGCCGGUGCCUUUGAUCUGAACACCAGACAGAAGUAGGAGAAGCAGAGGAAGAAGAAAGUAGAGAGGAGAAGGAGUAAAGCUGUGGACUUCUCUCACUCUCACUCUGUGUGAGAGAGAGUGCGUGCUUGUUUUUUCUCUCUCUCUCUGGCUUUUGUGUCAGACCGGGACUGUUUACUUCGUGGCCCCCCUGUCAGCACGUUGUGCAUGGACGCCGCUGGAGCCUCAUGGCGUGUUACUACAUCGUCAUCAGCUCCACGCACCUCAGCAACGGCCACUUUCGGAACAUCAAGGGAGUUUUCCGAGGGCCCCUCAGCAAGAACGGCAACAAGAACUUGGAUUAUGCCGAGAAAGAGAAGACCCUGGCCAAGGCCCUGGAGGACCUGAAAGCCAACUUCUACUGUGAGCUGUGCGACAAGCAGUAUUACAAGCACCAGGAGUUUGACAACCAUAUCAACUCAUACGACCACGCUCACAAACAGAGACUCAAGGAGCUGAAACAGAGGGAGUUCGCUCGCAAUGUGGCCUCCAAAUCCAGGAAGGACGAGCGGAAGCAGGAGCGGGCUCUGCGCCGCCUGCACGAGCUGGCAGAGCAGCGGCGGGAGGUUCACUGUGCCCCAGGGAGCGGCCCCAAGUUUAAAUCCACCACAGUGGCGGUGGAGGCAGGUCUGAGGGACCCCUGCGGUGAUGGAUCCCCCGAGGAGGUGCAGGGACUUGCUGCGCUGGAGGCAGGGAGCCAGACAUACAACAGCAGCAGCAGCAGCAGCAACACUUCAGGCCUGGCAGCCAGCAGCAACCAUGGCAAGCAGCUGCCAUGGCCUCACACAGGCAAGCAGAAGAAGCCACCAGGCAGCCGGCGCAAGAUCGCCUUCUCCUUCUCCUUCCCGAAGAGGGCCUCUCUAAAGCUGGAGUCGUCAGCGGCAGUUUUCUGCGAGGGCACGGAGGAGGGAUCGAUGGAGCGGAUCCGCAGACAAAGGCUCCGGGCGCCCCUCGUCGAGCUCGACCUACCCGGAUCCCUCGGGGACACGGCAGCCGGCAAGGCGCUAAAUUGCGACGAGACGAUUUACUGCAUUGGCACACAGCAGGCCCGGUUUGCUCCGAAGAGCGGCAGCGUGGAGAGCGAGGGGUCAUCUGAUACGCUAGCGGGCCAAGACAACCCCAGAUCCACUUCUGAUUUGUGCGCUCUGCUGGUGUAUUCGGAGGACGUGGCCAGCAGCCCUUCCAUUUCCCAGAUAGCCGGCUCCCCUUUCGCUCUCAACAGCGUGGACAUCGCGCUGGACUCAGAGGACUCCGUGAAUGAGAGCCUCAAAAGCUGCAAUGCUAAUGGGGGAGAGGAACUCAAAGAGCAACCCGCCACCGAGGAACCCGUGUCGGAGGACAGCAGCCCUUUGAGUCAGAACUCCUCGGACAUGUGCAGUGAGGCUGACUCCUCGCACACAGGUCACAUAACAGAAGAGAGCCAGCCUCUAAAGACCCCUUUCACAAAGCCAAGUCAGCCUUUUUUCUCCGUGCGGAGCAGAGACGGUAAUACCAUUUUCCAGUGGCCGUCGGAGAUGCUAACCUUCACAAAAACUGCCCCGCCCUUGUCGUACAGUUGCAACCCGCUCCAUUUUGAUUUCAAGGGGUCACACAAUCGAGCACCCAGUGACCCAAGGCAGGAUGCCGAGACCAAGAUAGAUGAGGAGUCCUCCAUCAGCUCGGCCUCGGUAAGCCCUGGGAAAUCCAUAAGUGCAGACAAGCAUGUUGAAGAGGGCACGUUCAGUCUGGACCACAGUCCCACUGGAGACGGCGACACGAAAUCAAGGAAGUGCCAUCAGCACAGCAGUGACACAGAGAGCUGCCUCGGACUAAAAAUACACGAAACAUGCAAGCACUCGAAAGAACGAUCUCACAGCCAAAAGCGAAUGGAGGAAAAACUGCGGGUCAGGGACAGACGGCAUUACCGAAGUCACAACAGAAAGAAGAGGCGAAGAAGGAGGAGGAAGAGGAGGGUGCGUCACCACAAGGCCGAAGGGGCCAGCGAAAGUGAUGCCGAGAAGUGCAGGAGAUUCCAGAGGCACGUAGAGUGUUGGGAGGAAGCGCCUGAUAGCCAAUUUCGAGCCAGCACUUCAGCGCAAGUGCAGCAGCCAUUAGAGAAGUCAAAGCAAUCAGCUCCGAAUCAGGCCGAGGACAGCUGCAGCGGGGCUCCUGCAGCCGAGAGGCUGCGAGCCAGGAGGCAGGAAGCAAUGGGGGGCAUAAACGGCCCAGCGGGUGUCCUGACUCUCUCUGAUAAGGGCCGGGAGGACGGCAAAAAGGUGGCGGCAGGAGGCGGUAUGAGCAGCCCUGGCUUUCCAUCUGCCCGCCUGACAUGCUUGAUGGGGUGUGGGUUGUGUCGACUCGACAUGCCCCAGCCCCAGAUCUCCGGCUUCAAAAGUCAUGACGAGCUGCCUCUUCACACUGGAGACGGCAGCAUCAAAGCCCUGCGGCAGAACCAGCGACUGAAGAGGAAGCGCAGUGCCUCUCUGAAUGACGUGGAUGCCGUGUGCUCGGAUCAGGUGACGUGCGCCCGUCUCCGAGCGCCGGGCAGACAGCUGAAUGAGCGGGGGCAUCAGAGCUCGUCUGGCGAGGAGUCUGCAUGUUGCGAACACGGAAGAUGCCGGAAGAGAAGAAAAAUUGUCUGCGACGUGAAUCAGUCUCCUGACCCUGCUUGUAAGGUGCCCGUUGUUAAAAGCCAUGUUCUGACUGACCAAAGCAUGAGCGAUGUGGACCCAAGCGUGAAAAGCCCGGUUCUAAAAGGAGUGUGUGACGGCGGCAGCAUUGGCUCAGACAAAAGCUCAUGUACUAUUGAUGAUCAAAAGAGCCCUGUCGCUGACGCUCAGGCCGAGAGCUCCAUUAUCCCUGACCCAGGUCAGCUUGUGGCAGAUAGCGACCGGCAGAUGGGGAGCCCAUCUCGCCCUCAAAUCAAUGAGCAGCACGGUCCUGACAACCCCCCUCCCUCCCAGUCAGCGGAGCGGAGAGAUCCGAGUUCCACGGAAGCCACGGGAGACACAAGCGACAGCGGUGACACUCUCACCGCCAUAUCUCGACACGCCGACUCGGUGGCGGAAGAUCACUCUAACAAGCCGGCGGCUGCGGCGGCCCAGGUCUGUUUGGCGAGCAGGAGAGAGAGGGGGAGAGAGACAAUGCUGGCGAGGUUUGAAAAGGCCGGCCUGGACAAAUCGUGUCAGCACAGCAGCCCUACAGCUCAGCCCCCGAGGUUUCUCCUGUCUGUCGGAAGGACCGAGGAGGAGAAGGCUGGCAGAGAGAGCUACCGGACCACCAGCAGCUGCAGCAGUCCUUUCAGCGGUCCUCCUCCUCCUCCUCCCCCUCCUCAGCUGUCAUGCUUCCAGCACCCGUCCGACAGUAUGGAGAGGCACUGCCUCCUGCAGAUCCAAACGAACAGACAGGUGCUCCAUCACCACCACCACCACCAGCAGCAGCAGCACCAUCACCACCACCACCACCAGCACCAGCAGCAGCAGCACCACCACCACCAUCAGCAGCAGGUGUUUCAGGCGACCAAGCUUAAGGCUCUGCUGCCUCAGCCCCAGCCGCUCCCGGUGUCUUCGCCUGUCCACCUACACCGGGUCCACCUGCCCUCACCUGUGCCCUCCGGCUCCAUCACCAUCCGCCACACCAUCCUUCAGCACCACCACCACCACGCCACCUUCCUGCCCGCAGCCCCACAUCACCACCACCACCAGCCCCCUCCUCCUCUGCCUCCCCCUCCUCCUCCGCCGCCUCCACAGCUCUUCCCGCAGGUCUUACCAGUGACUCGCCUGUCCCUAGGAGCUGAGAUGUGCCCGCCCGGCGCUCCGGCUUUCAUGACUCCGUCCCAGGUGUCUGUGGUGGCCCCACCUAACUGCCACCCAAUGACUGUUACCUUCCACACCAUUCCCCGGCCAGCCAUGUUUCCUCAAAUGCUACCCCCACACCCAACAGUCAUCCCUCUUCAGCCUCUCUUCUGACACUGUACUCACCUGUGUGAUCAGAUUCAUUGUGUUAGUAGGAAGAGUCACAGAGCUCAGUGCUCUGCCCGUAAAAAGCUAAGAUGUUAGCAUAGCUACUAUAGCUGCAUAGGAUAUGCAGAGAGUAUUCGACAGUAAGUAGUUUGUCAGUGCUUUAAGGUUAGAGAAGGAGAAAUUUGUGUUUGUGUAACAUGCACCUAACCUUUCUGGCUUCUGUUUAAAAAGGAGAACUGGAGCAAUGUUUUAUUCAACAACACGACUGUUAAUUAGGAUUGAGACCUGUUUUAGAAACAAUUCAUUCUGUGUUAACUGAGGAUAAGUCACAUUUAGGUCACAUUUGAAUACCGGCACUACGGUUAAAAACUCUAAACAAAAUAUAAUUAUGUUGCAAGUUAAUUGGUGAUCUCAAUGUAAGCACAGUGGUCGGUCCUGAUUCAACCCCAAAUAUUUUAAGCAGAUGGCCCAGUUUCCAAAGUAAAGGGGAAAAAAUUGUCAUAAUACACACAGUGAGUUAUAAAGUCUAGACUUUAUGUGCCAAAGUGUAUCACACAUGUAUCUCCACAUAAUCAUUCUCCUGCAAGUACUAGCUGGACAAUGCUAUUAAAAGACUGUGUAUUACAGUGUAUGUAGGGAUGUAAUUUCCAAUUACCAGUAGUGAGCCAAUUCCAUCCUUGAGAGGGUGAAUUAGAGGACUGCUCGCCUGUAAGCUUUUAGAUGGUCAUUUAAGACACAGCACUGAGUGAGCCAGAACAGAGUGUUUUUGCCACAGCUACACAGCACAACGCAAAUGAUGGAGAGUUUGCUUAUUCCUAGUCAGUAUGAGUGGGUGUCUCCGUGUGUUGGUUUGUGUAGCCUUGUCGGAGGUUGGUUCUGAUUGGCACCGUUCCUGCCGUGGCAGAACUAAUACCUAUGAGAGGUGGGUGGCAUGACAACCAUUAACAAAAGCGGGGUCUACCACAGUGUUUUCAAACCAUAGUGUCCCUGCAGGUCAAGUCAAAUGAUGUUUAUUGUAAUGUAAGAUGUGAUGAAGUAAGGAAAAGGAGUGAAGAUGAAGGAAAACAAUACCUGAUAUGGUUAGAUAAAAUAUGUAACAUAGUUAGCAUGUCCUCUGUAUGGACCAGCAGUACUUUAGCAGAGUAAAUAUGGAUUUCAGUUAACUACCUUUGCUGGCUAGUGUUAUUCAAAGUGGAAUCUCUGCGCCAACACCACAGGUUAGGUAAGAACAUCAAAGUUACAUGAGUUUCACAACAUCCUCUGUUCCUCACGAUUUAGUUUCUGUAAUAAUGUAUUGUGCGCUGCAUAUUUCCACUGGUAGUUCUGUCAUGUAAGCAAUUGAACAACGUUGUGUUUAAUGGGGAAGAGUUGUUAGGUCAGCAUAAUUUUGACGCCUCGUGAAGUGGGCAAACAGGAAAGCUAAUGCUAGGUACUUUGUUCUCAGCUUACAAAGACUCAAAGGUGUGCCAUAACUCAAAAUGUAAUGCCUGUUACAGUAUGUGCUGAGUGAACAGUUUCCUUAAGUGUUCAUUUAUUUUACUUUUGUUAAUUGAUAGAGGGUGGUGUUGUUAUUGGGCAUAAUGAAAUAUAUAUACUCAAUAUAUUUUGGUCCCCUGCUUGUUUUUCUCAUAUAGGCCUUUAAUCUUAUAGAAUACUCCUGACAUUAUAAGCUUUAAGGUUGUAAAUGCAAUACACAUGAAAUUAAAUUUGUUCCUGAAGCACAAAAUACUUUAAAGUGCUAUUUUGAAAGUGAAUGUUUACACAUACCAUUCCAGUCACAUAAAGGGUUGUAGCAUCAACAUAAUGGAUCAAUUGAAGCGUUUUUCAGAGUUAAUUUGAAAGAUCACAGUACAUUCUCUCGUCUAUCGGUGCAUUCGUCUGUGCAUUCACUAGAAGCUGUGGUCUUUUGAAAUGAUUGUCAAAUUCCCAAAUGAACUGCUGUUUUUUGCUGAGAGACAAGAGCCAAUAAGUCCAUCUUUUAGUUUCUUCUUUCCCCUUCCAAGUGCUAGCUCAUUAGAUGUCAGUAGGUGAGACACCAGGCUCAAAUAUAGCAUGUGGCAGCAUCCAGACCACCUCAAGACAGUAUAAGUGUCAAAUGCUCAGCUAAGGGGCAGGUGCCAAUUAUUUCAUGUCAAAUAUAACCACAAUAAGAAAUAAAAUAAUCCUUACUCUUGCUCCUUGCUUGCAUCAGACAACCAAUAAAUUCCAUUGUCCAACCAAGUAAUAGUUUUCUAGCUAAAUCUGUAAGUCUCUAAACUAGGCGGACUGAGAGUAUACAGACUACAGCUGAUUAUCUUUGUUCUGUUCGGAAAAAAAAGGGCAACUGUUUGACAAAGGAGCAGCUGUGUGGGGAAAACCUGUUGGUUUGAUAUUGCAACAGUAACUUAUUGACACUGGAGCUCCUGUACAGGUGACUGGGUUUGUUGGUGUCUUGCAAGAAAGAGUCUUUCUAUAACAUGCAGUAUGAGUGACAUAAAAAAUGGAAAGUAAGCAUUUAAAUUUGUCUUCUUCAUAAAUCUGCACCUCUAGUCCAAAUCGGCAUUACAUUGUGUGAAUGCACAAUUUUAAUGUAUUUUCUCUCGUACAUUCAAUUUGCUCUCAAGACCUGUACAUGGUGUAAAUUAGCAAUGUUUAUAAUUAAUGUAAGAUUUAAUGUAUAUGUAAAUAUGUUCCUGUUUUUAUUGUGCAAUGUACCCUAUAUGUAUGAAUUAUUUAGAUAAGACAAAGCAACUAUGUUUUUUACGCCAAUUUGCCAACCGAAUGAUGUUAAAGUGAUAUCUAAUAAAAUAGACAUAAGAGAA